AUGUUAGUACCUACAGCACACACCAAUACUAUUACAAACUGUCAUCCAAUGCUCACCAGAUCUAAAACUAGGAAUAAUCAGAUUACAAGUCAAGCAUAUUUGGCAACAACCUCCAUCCUAUAUGAACCAAAAAGUGUGUCUGAAGCUUUAACUACUUCAGAAUGGAGACAAGCUAUGAAUGAAGAUUUUGAAUCAUUAAAAAGGAACAACACAUGGGAGUUAGUUCCUCCCACUUCCGAUGUGAAUAUAGUAGGCUGCAAGUGGGUAUUCAAAACCAAAUUAAAAUCUGAUGGCACACUUCAGAAAUACAAAGCUCGGUUAGUGGCUAAAGGCUUUCAACAAACACCAGGGGUUGAUUAUUUUGACACAAUUUUGCCAGUUAUUAAACCAACUACCAUCAAGAUUAUGUUUUCCUUGGCAGUCCAUAAUAGUUGGCAGAUACAACAAAUUGAUAUUAACAACGCUUUCUUGAAUGGAGACCUCACAGAGACUGUUUCAUGA